GUGACAUCACAGGCCGAGGGUGUUCCCAGUAGUAUGUUUCUGACGCGAUGCGUCGCCGCUGACGGAAGUGCAGAGCGCUUGUGUUGUUGUGCUCGGCUUGUGUCAUGUACGGCGGUCUGUGAGAUGAGCGGUGAGAUCGUGUCAUGGCAUCCGCGCGCAUUAUGGCAGCUCUACCGGGUCAGAGCGACGAUCCCGCCGAACCGGACCAGUCCCUGCAGCACAUGCUGAAGGCCAUCGCGGACGAGCGGAACCGCCUGAGCGUCAGACAGGACCUCAGCGGACUGGGGUGCUUCAAGGAUGACCGCAUAGUGUUCUGGACAUGGAUGUUCUCCACAUACUUCAUGGAGAAAUCGGCACCACGUCAGGAUGAUAUGCUCUUCUAUGUGCGCCGCAAGCUCUCUUACGUCAGUGCAGACAACACAGAAGGGAAGAAGGUGGAGGUAGAGGUUUACAGAAGAGACUCUAAAAAGCUGCCUGGACUCGGUGAUCCUGACAUCGACUGGGAGGAGAGCGUCUAUCUCAAUCUCAUCCUGCAGAAUCUGGACUAUGUGGUCACAUGUGCAGUUUGCACACGCUCAGAUGCAGGAGACAUCCAUAUCCACAAAAAGAAAUCCCAGCAAGUGUUUGCCUCUCCAAGCAAACACCCAAUGGACAGCAAAGGGGAGGAGUCAAAAAUGAGCUACCCCAACAUCUUCUUCAUGAUUGACAGCUUUGAGGAGGUGUUCAGCGAUAUGACUGUUGGAGAAGGUGAGAUGGUUUGCGUGGAGCUGGUGGCCAGUGACAAAAGCAACACAUUCCAGGGCGUCAUCUUCCAGGGCUCCAUCCGCUACGAGGCCCUAAAGAAGGUCUAUGAUAACCGGGUAAGUGUGGCAGCGAAGAUGGCCCAGCGGAUGUCAUUCGGCUUCUACAAGUACAACAACAUGGAGUUUGUGCGGAUGAAGGGUCCUCAGGGGAAAGGUCAUGCUGAGAUGGCUGUGAGUCGAGUGCCCACUGGAGACACCUCACCCUGCGGCACUGAAGAGGACCAAGACUCCCCUCUUCAUGAGAGGGUGACGUCAUUUAGCACUCCCCCGACCCCAGAAAAAAACAGGCCCUCCUUCUUCUCACCGUCACUCCGCCGGAAAGUGCCCCGAAACCGAAUUGCUGAGAUGAAGAAAUCCCACUCAGCAAAUGACAGUGAGGAGUUUUACAGAGAAGAGGAUGAUGAAGACUUGUGCAACGCCACAAACUUGCGCUCCCGCUCUCUGUCAGGAACGGGCCACUCACUGGUCGGUUCUUGGCUCAAGCUGAACAGAAAAGAGGAGUAUUUUCUGUUAUAUUCCCACCUCACCUACGUGACUCUUCCUUUACAUCGCAUCACCACAGAUAUUCUGGAGGUGAGACAAAAGCCCAUUUUGAUGACAUAACAUUAACAUAACAUGAACUGUUACCAAGUGCCUCCUCACAUCAGGCCCCCGAGGAACCGGCGUGUGUCGUACGGGACAGAUAACCAAAAUCAAUGAACAAUACGCAACAGUGAACGAGAAGAGGCAAAGCGAAACCUAAGGAAUAAACUCCAUCAAUUGGUGCCCUCCAGAAUGGUUUGAGACCUGGAACUAAAGUGGCACUAGACUGUGAGUAAUGUUUAUUGGGAGAUGAAACCCAAUAAACGAAUGUCGUUCUUGUAAAUACACAGCUGCUUAGAUACUCAGUGAACUGUACCGACCACAGCCGCCUCCUUUCAACCCUCCUCCAGGAGACACUCGUAGGUUUCACUAUAUUAAUGAUUUUGUGUGUAGUAUAUUUUCCAAAGGACGUUUCCUCGCAGCUCUAGGCCUUAAUACUUCACUAACCAGCCAAUCUAUAUCAAACGUCGUCCUUUUGGUAGCCCAUUGCUGAGAGAAUCGCAAAUAUCCGAUUGUACCGUCUGUGACUGGACAUGUUCGAGGGGAUUUCUGAUUUCCAAACACUAGUGAAUGUGACGUAUCUCCUGAGAAGACUCGUGUUUCGUAGGCCGUUUCCAGUAGAUGGAUGACACCACCACCUGAGCACAGUUCUUGGAAACCUCUCCGUCCACAAAGACACUUGAACAGGACACUAGAUCACAUGAUCCCACCCAGCAGAUGUUUUUUUGAUUUUUUCUCUGAGUUUCUGUUUUGAGAACUCUUUUGCACUAAAGGGCUUUUGGAGUUGAAUACGUAACGCCAACCCAAAGUGUCAGUAUUAUUUUGUUUUGUACGUGUGUGUCGGCUGAAUGUAAUAACUGACCCGACAGCUUUAAUAUCUAUUUGAUAUUUGAUAGGCCAGCAGCAUUUGAAGAUGUUGUUCAAACUAUUUUAAGACUCUCGUCUUCAGGUUUAUUCCAUUCUUUGCUUUAGGCGCAAUGCUUCAGUGGAAGGCUGUUUUUAAGGAAGUCCCAGUUUGUUAAACGCUUUUCGCGCACUUUUCUAUUAAGUGGUAACUUAGCAGUAAAUGUGCAUGGUGUCGCAUUUAUGUUGUUAUAUAUAUUCACACACCUUUUCUGUACAUCUUUAUGAAAAUACACAUUAUAAAAAAAGUUCCUGGUUAAAUUUUAUUGCCCAGUUACUAAAUGUCUUGUUGUGGGAUAUCGCACAAAUUCUUGGAGAUUCCAAAACUCGUAGGAUCACUUUUUUAUAUAGAGUUAGACUGUUUCACAUGAAACACUUAAUGUAAACUUCUUCAAAUAUGAGACAAAUACAAAUUCUGCCGCUCUAAAACUAUAUUAUAGUGUUAUUAUUUAGUUCAAGUCACUAUAGUGUUGGUUCUGUUCAAUUCAAUAACCAUGUAAAGUUCAGUGUAAUUUACACUUAAGUAUAAUUAUUCUUAAUUUAUACAAUUUAGUGUAAAAACGAAUUGAUUUGGCCUCCACAUUAUAGAGGCCCAAUGGUAUUAACAACCAUGUCCACGUCUGCCACAGUUAAAACAUUCACUAAUAACACAAAUUUGCAUUUGCUCCAUGA